UAUUGGUGUGGCGUAUUUACAACCAGUCGGAAAGAUGGGUGACGGUCAAGUAGAUGCAUCUUUCGAAGAAAAGCGUGCAGUUGCAGAAAGAGCUAAACUUCGGGCUGCAUUAAAAAAAGAAUACAUUAAACAACUUACUGAUCCUCAUAGACAUGCAUCAGGAGAAGGCGGCUAUCUGUUUGACUCAGGUGUACAGAGAUUUAUGUCCAUGCGUGCCACCAUGUAUGAUCAUUUCCGUCCCACUCUAAAGGGUGGAAUAAUGUGGUUUAGUUUUGUCCUUUUUCCUAUUAUAGGAUAUGGCUAUUUUCUGAACAAAAAAAGGAGAGAAUUUGAUGAGAAGUGUCGACGAGGAGAAAUUGCUUACAAGGACCGACUGUUUAAGUUCAUUUAAGUUCAGUAAUAUCAGUAGCUGUAGUAUGAAAAUUCACAGUGUAUAAUAUUAGUAUAAAUAUAAUACAAAAUUUCACAGUUUAUGUGGUGGUGAGAAACUUGGUUUUUGUUUUUAUUUAAAGUAUGGAAGUUCAUGUAGAUUAUUACUGCUUUUCCUUUUAAAAUUUUGACU